AUGGGUGUCCCUUUUACCAGAAACAUCCCCAAGGAGAGCUUGUCUUCGCUAGGGCAUGCGCCGGUGCCCAAAGAUGGAGUUCUUUUGCAAGUGCGGGUGGGGAAAGUCAGAAACGCUGCCUUGGGAGGAGAAAUAACAUCCGCCAUCUACAAACAGGAACAGGACCAGCCAAUCUUCUGCAGUUUGACUGGAUUCAUUGGGGAUGAACAUGCAUCUCGUAGGCAUGGCGGAUCGGAGCGCGCAGUGCAUCACACCCCAGAACCGCAGCUGUACGAGGUUGGGGCGUAUGGGGAAAACGUGGUCACGACCAACCUGAAUGAAGACAACGUGUGCAUUGGCGACGUGUUCCAGCUCGGAAACGACGUUCUGCUGGAGGUUAGCGAGCCUCGACAUCCGUGCCACAAGCUCAACUCCCGCUUCCGAUGGCACAGGGCGUUGAACCGCACAAUACGGACGGGACGGUCGGGCUGGAAUAUGCGUGUGUUACGGACUGGAGUUGUCUGCAAAGGCGACUCGGUGUCGUUGGUAAAGCGACCAUUCCCCCAGUGGUCUGUCCUGAACGUGCAGCGAGUUAUCAGAGGAAGACAUGUCCCUUUGCAUCUGUUAUCGGAAUGCACCCAGCUGCCCCUGACAGAUCUGUUCCUAGACCUGGCCAAGGACAGACUGAGGCAGACGCCAAAGACAUAUACCCUAGUUCACGCUCAACAUAUCACCCAGCGCGUCAGGAAGCUUACAUUCGAGUUGAGGGAUCCCUUGGCUCUCACAAAUCCCGAAUUCAAUCGUUACGCUUUUGCUCAAAUCACAUUUUCAGGACCAGACUCUACGAGGCUCUCUCGAUCGUACUCGGUCGUCGAUGGCGACUUGUACAGAUUCAGCCUGGGCGUGGCCCUCGAUCGCCAAUCGCGAGGCGGUUCAGCAUACCUCCACAACGAGCUAAAAGUCGGCGGCGAGAUUGAGAUGUCCCCUGGGACGAACCCUGGCGCGCAGGAAAAUGAUGCAAAGUGCGACCAGGGCAUGCCGCGCCUCGUGCUCGUCGGGGGCAUCGGCAUAACUGCAUUUCUCCCAUCGAUCCGUGAGUGGGAGAGCAAAGGCUUUCCAUAUCAUGUUCAUUACGCCGUACCAAGUCCGGAAGAGGCCGCGUUUCUAGAACGACUCCCUUCAGAGAAGACCACACUAUAUGCUACUUCAAGGGGGGAACGGCUUGAGAUUGGAAAUAUCAUACCAAACCCUGGCCCGGGCAAUUCUCCUAAAACCCGUAUCUUCUCGUGCGGACCAUCGAGCAUGAUGCAAGAAUGUGUCCGGACCACCACUCAGCUCGGUUACCCAGAGCAUAUGGUUCAUUUCGAAGAUUUUGGGGGUGGCGAAGGUGGUAACCUGGGUGACGCUUUCGAGGUGGAAGUCGACGAACCAGACACGAACAGACACGAGAAGAUGACAGUCCCUUCGAACAAGACUUUGCUCGACGUCCUGAACGACGCGGGGUUUGACAUUGUAUACUCAUGCAAGUCUGGCGCCUGUGGUGCCUGCAAGGUCAAGGUUUGUCAAGGGGAGAUCGACUACAAGAGCACAGCGCUCCUGGCGAAGGAGAAGGGGGUUGCGCUACAGAGUUGCGUAGAUCGCGGUGUUGGAAAGCUCAAAAUAGAGAUUGAUUGA